UAUUAGACUUCCAAUGGAUUCUGUUCUUAGAACUAGUUUCGUUCCCUUACUCCAUUCUCAAGAUGGUAGUCAUUCAUUUUCAUGCACUCCAAAUUUCUUUUCCGCAUCUCCUCCUCACCCCAGCAACCAGAAAAUGUUCAAUGGGACAGCUGUUGCUCUUCACAAUAAUUCAAUUGAUGACAAGAGCACUUUCAUGAAGGGAGGUCACCAAGAAAGCCAGAAUAAUGGCAAGCUACCGAAAUCAAAACUGCUGAAUUUCUCAGGAGAAAGGCCCUCAACUCCAAUUCUGGACACCAUAAACUAUCCCAUUCACAUGAGAAAUCUUUCUAUUGAGGAACUUGGAAUUUUAGCGGAUGAACUUAGGGAAGAGAUUGUUUACACAGUGUCAAAGAUUGGGGGUCACCUGAGCUCAAGCCUGGGAGUUUCUGAGUUAACAGUUGCACUUCACCAUGUUUUCAACACUCCUGAAGAUAAGAUAAUUUGGGAUGUUGGUCACCAGACCUACCCUCAUAAGAUUUUAACUGGUCGGAGGUCGAGAAUGCAAACAAUCCGACAGACUUGCGGGCUUUCAGGCUUCCCCAAGAGGCAUGAGAGUGUGCAUGAUGCCUUUGGAGUUGGCCAUAGUUCCACUAGCAUUUCAGCUGCUCUAGGAAUGGCAGUUGCUAGAGAUUUGCAAGGCAAGAAGAAUCAUGUGAUUGCAGUGAUAGGAGAUGGAGCCAUGACAGGGGGACAGGCAUAUGAGGCAUUAAACAAUGCAGGCUACCUUGAUUCUAAUCUUAUAAUCAUCUUGAAUGACAACAAGCAAGUCUCUCUGCCAACUGCCACUGUCGACGGCCCUGCCCCUCCAGUUGGAGCUCUAAGCAAAGCACUCACAAGAUUACAGUCUACUCAAAAGUUCCAACAGCUACGUGAAGCUGCAAAGGGUAUGACCAAGAAAAUUGGACACCAAGCACAUGAAGUUGCUGCUAAAGUUGACUCCUACAUGAGAGGAAUGGUGGGUGGUUCUGGGGCAUGUCUGUUUGAAGAACUUGGACUCCAAUAUAUUGGUCCUGUGGAUGGUCAUAAUGUCGAAGACCUUGUCUACAUUUUGAACAACAUUAAAUCCUUACCAGUACCAGGGCCUGUUCUGAUUCAUGUCAUCACUGAGAAAGGAAAAGGCUAUGCUCCAGCUGAAGUUGCCCCUGAUAAGAUGCAUGGUGUUGUAAAAUUUGACACCAAGUCAGGGACUCAGUUGAAGGCGAAAUCAAGUACUCAUUCAUACACGCAGUACUUUGCAGAGUCCUUAAUUGCGGAAGCAAAGAGAGAUGAUAAAGUUGUAGCCAUCCAUGCUGCAAUGGGAAGUGGUACUGGACUCAACUUGUUCCAGAAACAAUUCCCAGACAGAUGUUUCGAUGUUGGGAUAGCAGAACAGCAUGCUAUUACCUUUGCUGCUGGCCUAGCUGCUGAAGGCCUUAAACCUUUCUGUGCUAUUUACUCUUCGUUUCUUCAGAGGGGUUAUGAUCAGGUGGCUCAUGAUGUAGACUUACAAAAGCUCCCGGUGAGAUUUGCUAUAGAUAGGGCUGGUCUUGUAGGUGCAGAUGGUCCAACACAUUGCGGAGCCUUUGAUACAACUUUCAUGGCUUGUUUACCUAACAUGGUGGUCAUGGCCCCUUCUUCUGAGAGUGAACUUAUGCACAUGGUUGCCACGGCUUCUGCCAUAGAUGAUAGGCCUAGUUGCUUCCGAUACCCUAGAGGAAACGGCAUUGGGUCAAUUCUUCCACCAGACAACAAAGGAACCCCAUUGGAGGUUGGCAAGGGAAGGGUGUUAAGGGAAGGUUGUAGAGUGGCUAUUUUGGGUUACGGAACAAUAGUACAAAGCUGUAUAGCAGCAGCUGAGCUGCUUCAAGUUCUCAACAUCUCCACAACUGUGGCUGAUGCACGAUUCUGCAAGCCUCUUGAUGGAAAUUUGAUCAGACAGCUAGCUCAAGAACAUGAGAUUCUCAUUACCGUUGAAGAAGGAUCAAUCGGAGGAUUCAGCUCCCACGUUUCCCAAUUCUUAGGCUUGAAUGGAUUACUUGAUGGCAAGCUCAAGUGGAGGUCUAUGAUGCUUCCUGACAGAUAUAUUGAACAUGGAUCUCAGAAACACCAAACUGAAGCAGCAGGGUUGAGUUCCAGGCAUAUUGUAACAACUGUGGUGUCACUCUUAGGUGAACGUAAGGAUGCCCUUCACCUUCUCAACUUUCGGACCAAUACUACAGAUAGCUAGUAAUUAAUAGUCAGAUAUGGAAGACAAGGCCCAGCUGCUAAUUUACGAGGUCAGCCGAAGUGUAGGACCACAAGGGUAAAGCCCAAUAAGAGUUGGGCAUUAGAUGACCAAUAGCUAUUUUUCUCUUUCUUGUAGAAUUUCAUUUCAUGAUCCACUAGCUAGCUUGUCCGAGUUCGUCUGCUUAAACCUAUAAAUAGAC